AUGGCUUUUGCGGAAUACUGUGAUGUCCUCUCCUUCCUUCAGGUGGACCUUCAGGUGGCGAGGCUCAGAGAGACUUUUCUGGCUGAGCAAGCGGUGCAGCUCCCACUGCUUGCGCGAACGGCCCAGUACCUGGUGAGUGCGACUUACGCCUGCCUUUUGCUGCUCAGCGCUGCCCUGCUGAUUCGUGGCCUACCGAGCCGGGCCCCGCAGGAGGCGAGCGAGCAGAAAAGCUGUCCCCCGAGCUGGAUCGUCUUCCUGGGCAUCAUCUACACCUUCACAUACUUUACGACCGACCAGUAUGUGCCAAGCCUGCCACAGAUGAAAGUCGACUUGGAUGCUACUCAAAGCCUGAUGAGCCUCACCGUGCAGAUGAAUUUCAUCGUCAAGGCCCUCUUUGGACUGCUUGCAGCCAGCCUCUCCGACCGCAUUGGGCGCCGACCCGUGCUGCUCUUCUGCCUCGUCCUACUGAGUCUGGCAAGCUUCUGCUGCGCAUGCGCCGGGCGCAUCGAGUGGUUCUUUGCUGCGCGGGUUCUUCAAGGAAUCGGCGAGUCGGUGGAGCCGGUCCUCUUCGCCAUCGUCCGCGACUACUUCGCAGAUCCCAGAGAGCGCUUCGGGAUCGUUUCGGUGCUGCAGGUGAUGUCCAUCUGCGGCAUGCUUGUUGCACCCUGCGCUGGUGGACUUCUUGCAGAACUGUCUGGCUGGCGAAUGUCCUUCUUCAUACUUGCAGUUAUCUGGGGCUUGCUUGCCGCCUAUGCCUGGUGGACCAUGGUGGAGAGCUGCCACGAGGGGGAGGGCGAGAGCGUCCUAAAGGACUUGUCUCGCAUUCUGGAUCCACAGCUUCUAUGCUUGCUGCUCACGCAGAGCUGCAUCAUGGGAGGCUGUCUGACCUUCAAUGCCAACUCGAGCUACUUCACGCAGGUGACACUCGGGGGAUCUGUGAUGAUGUCGGCUUACGUGAUGCUGACUUUCGGGGCAUGCAACAGCCUGGGCGCGCUGGUGACGGGGAACUGCUGCACCGGAAGCAUCUUCAAGGUCUCCAAAAUCUCCCUGACGCUUCUGCUACUCGCGGGCGUGAUCUCCAUCCUGCUGGAAGAGCUCUUCCCCAGUUUUUUGUGGGGAUAUCUGGUGGGCUCCUUCCUCCAGGCCGCCGUCAUGACGAUGGCCCUCGUCUCGGUGAACGUACUUUUCUUCGAACCCCUGGACGAUUGUGCUGGCCUGGCUGCCUCCUGCGAGAUCUUCGCCAAGAGCGUGGAGAAGACGCCGCCUCCAAAGUGGGGAAGAGCGCGUUUGGAGGGCCUCCGCGAAAAGAUGGGCUUCGCACUCGGAGGUUUGCUUUUCACCCAGACGGGCUCGGAUGUUGGUGAUUACACAAGCAUCAGCUUGGACACCCUUCGUCUAGACGAAGGCAUCAGCGACGGGGCGAGCCCGGUCUAUGCUGCAGCGAUGAAGGUGCUGGAGGCGUUGCUCGAGGCCCGUGCCAACGCCGACACCACGAAGGACGCCCUGAACCUUCUCCUCGGCGCGUCGGCAGAUCCGAACCGUGCUCGGCAGGAGGACGGCGUGGCUCCAGCGUACAUGGCGGUGCAGAGCGGCCAUUCCGAGGAGUUGAGGAUGCUGCUGGAGGCCUUUAUAACGUUGGAUUUGAGCUUCAGUGAUUCAGCUGACAGCUUUCGGGUUAGUACUUUGUGUGGUUUCCGGCUGAAGUUCAGGGUUUAG